AAAAAAAAGAAAAAAAAAAAAAAAAAGAAGGAACGAAAAAAAACCAAAAACAAAACCCAAGGAAGCCAAAGCAGAAUCUGUCGACAUUUGCGUGGCGUGAUGUUCUUUGUUGUCGCGAUUUUUUUUCUUGUCUAUUUUUUUUUUUUCUUCUAGCAUGUGUUUUCUGUCAUUUCGUUGGAGUCAUUCGCCCCAUCCCCCCCCACCCCUCCCCGUGAUCUUUUAAUUUUUGAGGUCAGGGCGUCUGGAGCAUGUGGAGCGGAGAGAGGGGGAAACAGGAGCUGUGUAUGGAGCUGGGGCUUGCCUUUAUUGCGUGCGAUGGGCAAUUAUUAAUAGCGGCUGCAGGAUUCCGGCUCUAAGAUGUGGUAUUUACUAGAGGGGGAGGGAAAAGGAAAGGAAAAAAGGGUGUCGCUCGUAGCGCGGCGGGGCAGGAUGCUGUCGGUGCUGGAGCCUCGCACGGGACUGCGGAGCGGCAGCGUAGCGGUGGUGACAGCCAGGUUGGCUAUGAUGCGUCAAGCUCUCGGAAGGACCAGCAUGGAGAUUGGCACUCUGAACUGUUAAUGGGGACAUGGGACUCACGUUGCCGUUGAUCAUUUGUGUGGACUUAACCAACAAAGACCAACAGAAGACCCUAGAAAGGCAGUUGGAAUUAUAGCAGUUUUUCAGGUCACCAAAUCUUGUUAUUUUAAUUUCUGUCUGGAAGAAUGUCUGAGCAAGGUAAAUUGAACCAGGAGACAGCAGAGGAAGCUGCACAAGAGCAGGAGACUGCCAUCUCUGAAGCCAGCCCAGACAACUGUGUUCUUAAUAAAUCUGAAAGCUCAGAAGUAGAGGAGGAGAAGCUCAGUGAUUCCAAGACAGAGCUGCAGGUGUUACUGCCAACAAAAAGUUGUUAUGCAAAGCCUAAGAAGAAACGAGGUUCUAAUCAGCAGAAAAAGAGAUCCAAGUCAGGAGCUAAGGGAAAACUCGUGCGAAGUCUUGCUGUGUGUGAAGAGUCAUCCCCUCGCCCGGGAGCAGAAAAUCUUCAUGACAACCAGGAAUCAAUCCAACUACAGCUUUCAAGUUUUCCUAGCUUGCAAGAAGAAGAUAAAUCUAGUAAAGAUGACUCCGAGAAAGAAAAAGAGAAGGAUAAAAAUAAAGAUAAAAACAGUGAAAAAAGCAAGAUCAGAAUGUUAUCAAAAGAUUGCAGUCAAGAGUAUACAGACUCAACAGGCAUAGAUUUGCAUGAGUUUCUCAUUAACACAUUAAAGAAUAACCCCAGGGACAGAAUGAUACUCUUGAAAAUGGAACAGGAAAUUAUUGAUUUUAUUAGUGACAACAAUAAUCACUAUAAAAAGUUCCCUCAGAUGUCGUCGUAUCAGAGGAUGCUAGUGCACAGAGUGGCAGCUUAUUUUGGAAUGGAUCAUAAUGUGGAUCAGACAGGAAAAUCUGUAAUUAUCAACAAGACCAGCAAUACAAGAAUACCAGAGCAAAGGUUUUCUGAACAUUUAAAAGAUGAAAAAGGUGAAGAAUCCCAGAAGCGAUUUAUCUUGAAGCGAGAUAACUCUAGUAUUGAUAAAGAAGACAAUCAGCAAAACAGAAUUCUUCCAUUUAGAGAUGACAGACGAAGUAAAUCAAUUGAAGAGAGAGAAGAGGAGUAUCAGAGAGUGAGGGAGAGAAUAUUUGCACAAGAUUCAGUUUGCUCCCAGGAAAACCUUUUUGUGGAAAACAGUAGGCUGUUGGAAGACAGUAGCAUAUGCAAUGAUAUGCAUAAGAAAAGACAGCUGUUUAGGGGUAACAGAGACAGCCUUGGGAAGACAUCUGGCAGUCGACAGAGCAGUACAGAGAACGAAUUGAAGUGGACAGACCACCAGAGACCAUGGAGCAGCACAGACUCGGACAGCUCAAAUCGAAAUUUGAAGCCAGCCAUAACAAAGACAGCCAGUUUUGGUGGGAUAACCGUCCUGACAAGAGGAGAUAGCUCAUCAAGUAACAGAAGUACCGGCAAACUGUCUAAAACAGGUAGCUCAGAGUCUUCCAGCAGUGCUGGCUCCUCAGGAUCACUGUCACGAAUACAUCAGCCUCUCCAAAGUGCAUCUCUCGUCCCUGGGGUAACAGCCAGUUCUUCAGGCAGCGUGUCCUACCCUGAGAAUGGGAUGAGUGGCCAGGUGGCCCCCAACAACACCAGCUAUAUCAUUCUUCCACUUGAAGCUGCAGGGAUACCGCCUGGCAGUAUCCUUCUCAACCCACACACAGGUCAACCAUUUGUAAAUCCUGAUGGGACGCCGGCAAUAUACAAUCCUCCCAGUGGCCAGCAGACAAUGAGGAGCCAGGUGGUGGGACAGUCUCAGCAGCAGCCUUCACCCCAGCAGCCUCAGCAGGUUCAACAGCCACAGCAGCAAAUGGCAAGUCACCUUGUCACACAGCCUGUUCAGACAAUGCAGCCAUCUUCUCAGUCAGUCCAAUAUCCAGCAGUUUCUUAUCCUCCCCAGCAUCUCCUGCCGGUCUCUCCAACGCAGCAGUUUUCUGUGCGAGAUGACAUGACAGCGCAGUUUAACCAGAUGAGCUUAAGUCGUCAAUCAUCAGGAGACAACCCCGAGUCGCCCUCUGGCCCCGUGUACCCCUCGCCGAUCCUGCAGCAGCCUGCCCAGCAGACAGGUUACAUCAUGGCCUCCCCAAGCCAGCAGCUUCCCCCAGGAGGCUUCACGGGUUCAGGACCCCCGGUGUCCCAGCAGGUGCUGCAGCCGCCGCCGCCGCCCCAGGGCUUCGUGCAACAGCCACCGCCACCUGCUCAGAUGCCAGUGUAUUACUACCCAUCUGGUCAGUACCCUACCUCAACAACUCAGCAGUACAGACCCAUUGCCUCAGUUCAGUACAACGCACAGCGGAGUCAACAGAUCCCCCAGACUGCCCAGCAAGCAGGUUACCAGCCUGUCCUGCCGAACCAGCAGCAGGGGUUCCAGGGUAUCAUGGGAAUGCAGCAGCCGCCCCAAAGCCAGAACCUGAUGAAUAAUCAACAGGGAAAUCAGGUGCAAGGCAUGAUGGUGCAGUAUCCAGCCAUGUCGUCUUAUCAGGUGCCAAUGACCCAGGGUUCUCAAGGAUUGCCGCAACAAUCAUAUCAACAACCAAUCAUGCUACCUAAUCAAUCAGGUCAAGGAACACUUACAGCCACUGGAAUGCCUGUCUACUGUAAUGUCAUACCUCCAGCCCCACAGAACAACCUCCGGUUGAUUGCCCCACACUGCCCCUCCAAUAACGUUCCAGUUAUUUCUGCCAGCUGCAGGACAAACUGUGCGAGCAUCAACAAUGCAGGGUGGCAGGUCAAGUACUGACACUGUGGCUUAGAUUUAUGAGGAUAGAGGUGCAUUAUUUGACAAAUAAAUCAUGGCCUUCAAAUGAAGAGGAACACAACAGAAUAAUCAGUUGAGGACACGAGUACUGACUAUGCUCAAGUGAUUUGCUGCUGGAAAAACCUGUAAAAAAAAAAAAAAGAAAAGAAUUAAAAUAAAUUUUGAAAAAUAAAAAAAUGUUUGCUGGUUAAUGGUGCAUAUUUUUGUCAUGUCUGCUAGGUAUGCCUUUAUAGCUUAGCUAGUGACAUGAAUUCAUUGAGGUAAGAUUUUUUCCUACCACUGAACACCACUGUGUAGAUUGUAAUAUCCCUGAUUUGGAUUAGUUUUGUACUUUGUGUUGAGUUUGUGAAGCUAAAAGUAUUUAAAAAUAUAAUAAAAUCACAUUGUACCAAAGCUGUAAUGGAAAUGAAAAAAAAAAAUUGAAAACAAAAAGAGAAUUACUGAAUGGAAGGAAUAAUUUAUAUACACUAUAGAGUUUUUUUAUGGAUAUAUACUGUAUUGUAGUGCUUAAUCACAAUAAAGCUAUUUGACCUCAUCAAGGAAGGUCAUGUUUCUA